AUGCCAGAGUUGGACAACUUUCCUCCCCUGAAUGGAGCCAGUGGCUCUGAUCUGGGUCUAAAUGGUCCAGCAGACCCAGCCCAGAUUCAGCACAGCAUCCUGGAGGAGCAGGUGGAGCUGUGGUGGUUCAGAGAUCCUGGAAAGUCUGUACUGUGCUAUUGCAUCGCUGUGCUUCUAAUCCUGGGAUGUGGACUCGGCGGAGUUGGACUUCUUUCCACCACCACCAGUGUGUCAAGCGAAUGGAGGCUGGGGGCAGGCACGGCCCUGUGCCUGCUGGCCUUAGGGGUACUCCUCAAACAGUUGCUCAGCUCAGCUGUGCAGGACAUGAACUGUGUCCGAAGCAGACGGCAGAUAAACAUCCUGAAGAGCGGGGGAUUGUCAGACAUUUUAGUGGUUUUAUUCACUGGUCUGUCACUGUUGAUUUGUGGAGGGGUCCUCCUUCAGUUGGCUCUGGCUAACCAUAUGCCAAAGCCUGGCCAAGCUCUCAAUGACAUGUACAUCUCUGGAGUCGUUUUGUUAACGGGAGGAGGAGCAGCUGUUGUGGGUGUCGGGAUAUACUUUGUUGUGGUUGUCCUGCUUAAGAGGACAAGGCACGGACGAAGGCUCGUGGACCGAGUUUUGAACAUCUUUACUGUUUCGGGACACAUGGAGCGCCAGGGCCGCAGAGAGACUGCGUCAAGCUUGGCUAACCUUAUUUGA